AUGCUGCUUCCUACCGGGCCGUCCGACAAGAGCGUAGAUAGCUGGAUCGACAAUCUGGGACAAAAACCGAAGGCCUUACCCGCUGCAGCACCCAUGCCUUGGAUGUUUGGAGGUUCGGCCCCGUUCACGUGUAGGACACCGUUUGAUGGCGACCCUCGAGAUUGGUUUCUCUUUGCCUCAAGAUUUCGAGCCCUCGUUCACGACGUCAUUCCGAACGAUGCCAUUCUUAGCGAGUGGGUUGGUCCUAGCGUUUUUCGCCGCAUCUCCCCAUUGUUAAAGGCUCCUCGUGGGUACACUGCAGUUCUUGCCUAUCUUAAGAAUCACUAUGGUUCGAGCGAGCAGAUCGCUCGCUGUCAAAUACACGAUCUUCUUAGUCUUCCCUUCUUCAAGCCGGGUGAUCGCCAAGCGCUUGAAAGGGGAUUGGAGCACGAUCUUAAGAGUGCUGCUAAUCGUGAUCAGGCAGUACAGAAGCUGCCACCUGUCUUUCGACAUCGCUGGGCCCGUUACGCACGUAAGAGUUUACCGAAAGGUGUCGACCUUAGCGACUUGGAUCGGUUCAUAGAAGAGGUCGUGGAAGAGGAGCGGAUGGCUCGUUCGGCAUUCGAGUUGGCGCCUAAGAUUGAUCUUCGUGAAAGGCGUGUUACGUUUCCCAAGCCAGCCGUUGAAAAGCACCCUUCAAGCAGACCUGCAAUUCUGAAACCGCCAACCGUUCGGCCACCCUCUACCGUCUUAGCCACCCAAACAGCGAAAGACGUAGAUGUCGAGUGUCCAGGUUGCGGCGGCGCUCAUCGACUUGUUUCUUGCCCUGAAUUACAGAGGAAGUCACCGAGUGAACAAGCGCUGGUUGCGAAGGAGAAAGGUGUAUGUUUCAACUGUCAUGGAGGAAAGCAUCGAAGUGUGGGUUGUCGUUCAAACCCGCUUGUGAAUCCCCCGGAUGCCGUGUACGUCAUCAUUCGCUGCUGCAUAGUGCGGAGAGUUUUCUUGAGAAAAGUACACCUCGUCAGUUCCCGUUCAUCCGUCGGAGGCCAAGAAUGUUUUCAAGGACCUCAAACACUCGCCAUUGCUCCCCGCCUGACAUCUGAUGUUCUCUUGGCUGUGGUUCCCGUUCGACUUCCUGCUGGAUGCCGGACUCUGGACGUUUUCGCCCAGCUCGACACCGGGAGCCAAGCUACCCUUUUGCGUGAAGACGCGGCUAAUGUGCUUGGUCUUACGGGUCGGCUACGCAAAAUUAGUUUUCGAACCUUCCAUGGGAAAGAUCCGGUUGUCGAGACUCGUCUCGUGGGCUUUUCCGUUUCGUCGCUAGAGGGAGACCAAAGCUACCAGGUUUCCGACGCCUUUGUUGUGCCUCGUCUAAAUGUUGGGCAACGCAAGACAAAAGAUGUUCUCGCUUCGUUCGAUUAUCUUCGUGAUCUCAACUUUCCUGCUCGAGACGCUAGUGAAGUCCAGAUUUUGAUCGGGAUGGACGUUCAAGACGCCCAUCUAAACAUCGAGGUUCGUCGCUCUCCAACUGGAGUUCAGGACCCUAAUGCUGUGCUCACCCCAUUUGGCUGGUGCGUUGUUGGAAUGACCUAUCUAUUACCGGCAGUGGAAAAUCCAAGCAUAAAUUUCGUUAAGCUGGGAACGAUCGAGCAGCUGGAAGAGUGCGUCGAAAGGUUUUGGAAAACCCAAUCUCUUCCAGUUCGUGAGGCCCCCAGUACAUUUAUGUCGUCGUCAGACCGUGCCGCAAUGGACCAACUUGAGUUGACCAUUCGGCACACUGGAACGCGUUACGAAGUAAGCUUGCCUGUUCGCCCGGAUUGUCCGAAGUUGCCAGACAACAAAGAGUUUGCACGUCGCAAGUUCCUUGCACUGGAGAGGAGACUGCUUUUAGACAACGACCUUCGCCAAGCAGUUACGGAGCAGAUGAAGGAGGUGUUUCGCAGCGGCCACGCAGUGAAAGUCACUUCUACAGCUCCCGGUUCCAAGGUGUGGUUCCUACCUUAUCACCCGGUUCGACAUCCAACGAAGCCCAUCGAGAUUCGUCUCGUUUACGACGCUGCUGCCCGGCUUAAAGGAACCGCGAUCAAUGACAUCCUGCUGAAAGGUCCGGAUCUCACAACGCAGUUAUUGGCCGUGCUGCUUCGGUUCCGUGAAAGGAGAAUGGGCCUUACUGCGGACAUUGCGAAAAUGUUUUAUCAACGCAAGCCUGGAACCGGAGAUCCUAUCCAGGAAUUUCAGAUGACGGUGCACAUUUUCGGUGCUGUCUCGUCGCCAAUGGUUUGCAGCUUUGCGCUUCAGCGUCUCGAAAAGGAUGCACCCAAACAUCUGAAGGAAGUCGCGAGGCGUAUUCGUUCCAGCUUUUAUGCGGAUAACUUGUUGCCGUCGUUCGACGAAGUGGAUGAAGGCGUUUCCAUCAGUCAGAAGUUUGUUGAACUACUCAAACUCGGUGGUUUCGACCUCGUCCAGUUUCUGAGAUCUUCGCGUUCGUUGUUGGACCAACUUCCGUCUUCCUCUCGUCUGGUUCCCGAGCUCGAUAUAGAUUUCGACGAUUGGCCCACCGAGCUUACUUUGGGGUAUCUGUGGAGUUGUGAGCGAGACGAGUUCGUUUUUCGUUUUAAAAAGACAGAAGAGGCCUUUUCGAAACGCUCAAUUCUUUCUGCAAUUUCGAGCAUCUGGGAUCCCCUGGGUAUCCUAGCACCCGUCGUUUUGGUGGCGAAAGUCAUCCUGCAGGACAUCUGGCGACUUAAAGGUGGCUGGGAUGAGAUUCUGCCCGCCGAUAUUCUGAAUCAUUGGGGGCAUUUUGUGGAACAUCUGCCGAUGCUCGAACUGCUGAAUAUUCCGAGAAGUUUCUUGACUAGUCCUCAGUCGGUGUAUCGUUCUUUUCAGUUGCAUGCUUUUUCGGACGCAUCGAAAGACGGUUUCAGUGCUGUAAUUGAUCUUCGAGGCGAAACUCCUGGCUAA